AUGCGUUUGUUCCAGACUAUAGGGGUUUUAUCACUAUUAUCAUCUUUAGCUUUUGGAGUGCUAUUCGAAGAUGCAUUUGUAAAAGAUUGGAUUAAGCAUACUUAUGGAGAAAUACAGCAGUACGAAGUCUUGUCAGACAAGCAGCUUAUAGGAUUAACAAAUGAGGCACAGAUAUUGAAUAUAGAUAUAAGUAGUGGUGGUAAAUUGAAUUGGAAAGCAGAUCUACGUGAGUAUGGGAAUGUGGACCAAUACUUGUUAUCCAAAAAUCGUAAAUCGGUGUAUGCGUUUUCCACCAGUGACAGUCGUAUUUAUUUGUUCGAUACUAAAACGGGGAUUUUACAGGAAACACUUACAAGUGAAACAGUUCCAUUGAAGGUGGUUGAAUUCUUUGGUAUAGGGGUUUUGGUAGUCGGGACCGAUGGGCUGUUGACAUUCUUAGGAAACGAUGGGGUUGUGAAGCCUAUUAGUACCGAUGUCAAAAUUAAGGAUAUCAAGACUUCACAGGUGGAUGGCACUUUAUAUGUGAUAACAGAUGAAUUAUUGUUAAUUAGAAUUGCAAUUUCAUUAGAUGUUUUGUCUAUCUCUAAAUCUUUGAAGAAGUAUAUCUCUAAUAUUGAUCAAGUGGAGACCUUCAAAGAUAAUAUUGUCGUUACCCGAGACAAUGUUAUAUUGUCCCUAGAUGAUAAUGGCGUGAAUGAGAUCGAGAAUUCGUUAAAACUGAAGCUGCAUCUUCAAGUAUUGAACCUUGAAUUAGCCUACUCUAUUAACUCCAAGGUAAUUAAUUUUUACUCCAUUGUCGAUGGAAAGUUUUCGUCACUCGUUGAUUAUUCAUUUGAAGAGCCAAUUGAGGAAGUUGAUUUUACAAACUAUGCAUCGGCAGAGUGUGUUCUUCUUGCAACUGAAUCCGAUGUUAUUCUCUUAGACGUAUCAGGACUUUCACUAGGCAGCGAUAUUAAUGCUAUUCAGAAAUACCAAUUGAAAUCGAAUAGCUUAAUUAAAAAUGGAAAGAAUUAUAUAAACUAUGAUAACGAGUCAAAUUUGCAGUUAAUUUCCAGCCACCUCUUCGAUUUUAAGGUUGACGUCCUAAUUAGUGUCACAAGUACCAAAUCUGUUACGCAUUCAUCGUUCGAGUUGAAUAGAUUUCAUCCGACUUCGUCGAAGUAUUUGAUGAUUGACAGACCACAAUCAGAAGGCGAAAUAAAUAAGGUACACCAUUUGCUUCAUGACUCAGAUGACUAUCACUUUUUCAUCUCUCGUUGGCUUGCGAUACUUAGAAGACACUUGUCCCAGUUGGGUCGAUUUAUUAUUUCAAAAGUUAUUACUUCAUCCGGUUCUCAAGAUGAAUACGCACCUGAAGAUACGUUUGGAUUUGGCAAACUAAUUAUUUUUAUGGACGAACUGCAGGGAUACGUUAUAGCCAUUGAUUCUGAAAAUGGGUCUGUUGCAUGGAAAUCUCAAAUUGAUGCGAACGGUCAGAGCAUAAUAGAUUUUGUAGAUAAACCUGCAACAAACGAGGUUGUUCUUGUUUUAAAGCAUUCGUUGCUAUCAUUUGAUAUUAGAAAUGGAAAAAUUACAAGUACAAGAACCUUUGAAGAUGAAAUACUGAAUAGUUUCUUAUUAAGACUGGAAAAUGAAGAAGAAGUAAUUGCAUUAAAGCUUUCUAAAAAUUCUAAAUUGCAAUUAUUCAAAGACAAUGAUAUUAAUAUAAAAGCAGAUCAAUAUUUGAUCGAUGAAACUACUGAUUGUGUACAGGGUUAUAAAAUUAAUGACAGAGACUUAACUCCAACUUGGAAAUUUGAAAAGCCGAAUGAAAAAGUUUUAUUAAUAAAGACUAAACCUAUGCAUACUAAGACCUCAUCUAUUGGUAUAACUCUAUCUGACAAGUCUGUUUUAUACAAAUACUUGAAUCCAAACUUGAUUUCUAUUAUAACAGAGGAGGAGGAUACAAAAGUAUUGCGCUAUUAUUUAAUUGACAGUGUUAGUGGAAAUAUAUUGUAUACGCAUGAACAUAGUAAAGAUGAAGUUGUCGAUUCUGAUUCCAUUCAAUUAUGCAUGGAUGAUAACUGGAUAGUAUACACAUUCUUUGUUAAGGCUCCAAAAUUGCAACAAAGAAUUAUUGUAUUUGACUUAUUUGAUACAAAGGAAAAAUCUGUUAAGACAGCAAACCUUGUUUCUGCAUUUGAGAGCAACACAACAAUCAAUUUUAUUUCAAAGAAAUCGUUCAUUUUCCCAGAGAGAAUAGUAUCUCUUGCAUCGACUCAAACAAAAUUUGGAAUAACAUUAAAAUCUAUGUUGUUUUUGACAGAAUCGGGAAGUUUAAUUGAAGUUCCAAAAUUUGUUUUAAAUAGCAGAAGAAUAGCUAAUAGAGAAUUAACUAGUAAGGAUUACCAAGACGAUUUCAGGAUGAUGCCAUAUGAACCGGUAAUCCCUAAGAAUAACUUCCAGGUAUUGAAUCAUAAGCAUCAAUUGAUUUUAGACCCAGAUACUAAUCAGAUAUUAAUGAAGCCCACUGAAUUGGAAUCAACUUCAGUUGUGUGUUUUGCUAAUAAAUUCAACAUUUUCUGCAAUGUAGUUCAACCUUCGUUGUCUUACGAUUUGUUGAGUCAAAAUUUUGAUAGAAUUAAGUUGGUGUUGACUAUUUUAGCUUUACUAGCUGCGUACUUAAUUACAAAGCCAUUUGUAUUUUCGAGAAGAUUGAAUGCCUAUUGGAUAGACCGAUAA